UACGUCGUUCAGUUUUCUCUUGUGUGCUGUGUGGAGUGUACGUGUGGAACUGUAAUGGCCGCUGCUCUGACACCAGAACAGGAAAAUGCGACGCGCGAGUUUCUGGAGAAAGUGAACGCCAAGUACCGCCGCAAGAUCGGGCCGGUGGCGUGGUCGAUGGCCGUGCGCUUCUUGUACGCGCGGAAGUUCGACGUGGUGCGCGCGCUAGCUCUCUUCGACCAGCACGAGAUGACGAGGCAGCGGGAAGGCCUGUGCCGUUUUGACCCCCUCAACGAGCCGCUUCAAUCGGAGUUGCUCACCGGAAAAUUCACAAUCCUGCCAAAAAGGGACUCAACAGACGCCGCCAUAGCUGUGUUCACCGCUCACAAGCACACACCCGCGAAUAGCACGCAUCAGACCACCCUCCAGGGGGUGGUGUACCAACUCGACUGUGCCUUGCAGAACCCAAUCACGCAGAAAGCCGGCAUCGUGUUCAUAUACGACAUGUCCAACUCGAAGUACUCCAACUUCGACUACGAUCUCUCCCAGAAGAUUCUGACCCUCUUAAAGGGAGGAUACCCAGCCAAACUAAAGAAGGUGCUCAUAGUGACGGCGCCCCUAUGGUUUAAGGCGCCGUUUAAGAUCCUGCGGUUAUUCGUGAGAGAGAAACUAAGGGAGAGGGUGUACACAGUGUCAGUGGCGCAACUGUCCAGCCACAUACCCCGGGAAUCGCUGCCUACCCAGUUGGGGGGUUCCCUCAUCCUGGACCAUAAUGGUUGGUUGUCGCACUGCCUCCUGUCAAUGACCACCACGGGACCGGAAUCCCCUCUUCCCCAUUACGAUGGCAAGACGCCGUCCCCCCAGAAGCGCAUAGGCACCCCCAACGACAUCGACAUCGGCUCCAACAACGCGGUGGACAGCUGGGCCGAGGAGGCCAACCUCAACCCGCCCAGCAGCGCGUCCAGCGGCUUCUCCGACGACGACUCGUUGCACGGCGACGGCGCCGCCCUCACCAUGGUGCAGCUGGUGGACUACGUGAGGGACAGGGGCAGGUCGGGACUCAUGCAGGAGUACGCGGAGAUCAGGCUGAGGCCGCCCGACGGCACCUUCAACGUGGCCAAGUCCAAGAACAACCUGCCCAAGAACAGGUACACCGACGUGCUGUGCUACGACCAUAGUAGAGUGAUCCUCUCGGAGGUGGAUAACGAUAAGGACAGUGAUUAUAUACACGCGAACUUCGUGGACGGGUACAAGCAGAAGAACGCCUUCAUCAACACGCAAGGUCCCCUGCCCAAGACCACUCCAGACUUCUGGCGCAUGAUAUGGGAACAACACACGUUAGUUAUAGUAAUGACCACCAGGGCGAUGGAGAGGGGCAGGCCGAAAUGUCACCAGUACUGGGAGCCGGAAGUGGGGAGCGAGGCGACCUACGGUCACUUCACGGUUAAGACGGUGACGGUGGAAACCGAACCGGACUACACCGUUACCACAAUCAACCUGACAAAUAGUAAAACUGACGAAAGUAGGGAAGUGUCGCAUUGGCAGUUCACGUCGUGGCCGGACUACGGGGUGCCCCAUUCGGCCAAGGCGAUGUUGGAGUUCUUGGAGCGGGUCAGGAGGAAACAGGCGAGCAUGGUGAACGCCUUAGGUGAUACGUGGGCGGGGCACCCUCGGGGUCCUCCUAUAGUAGUACAUUGCAGCGCGGGCAUUGGUCGGACAGGUACGUUCUGCACGCUGGACAUCUGCAUCUCCAGACUGGAGGACGUCGGCACCGCGGACAUCCGCGGCACCGUGGAACGGAUACGAUCCCAACGAGCUUACUCCAUCCAAAUGCCAGACCAGUACAUAUUCUGUCACCUGGCCCUGAUCGAAUACGCCCUGAUGAAGGGCCACCUGCAGUCCGCGGACCUGUCGGGAUUCGACCAGGGCGUCGAGGACGACUCCGAUUAGAUAGAUAGUAUUUUGGAAAUAUAGAUCUAAAUUUAAACAAAAAACGAGAACUUUUAUAGUUGCUUUAUUAAGAUUCCGAUUCACAAAUGAAACUAACAAAUUGGGACGUGACGAGUGUCGCAGGCGAGGGAAUGGAGGGGAUAAGCGGACGGUGGUGGGACGUUUCGGGUUUAUCGGUGAGGUCAUCGAUAGAUUUCGUCGGGAUGUUUCUUUCGGCGCAGUCUAGUGGAAGAUUUUUCUUGUUCUGUUCUGUGGUUCCUAAAUUUUCUCCGAAACGUUAACACACUUAUGGUUUUACUGAAAUUCGUUGUGUUUAAUGUGGAUAUGUCUAUAGAAUUGUACAGGAUCUGAUGAAAACACAAUAUCUUUGUGGUUGUAACUUUCCGAGAAAGUAAAAAUGGCUCGCAUCUAAUGCAGUAGAAAGGAGUUUUGACUUUAAAAUUGUGAGUGAGAUGACUACAAAAAUUAUCCUCAAAAUAAAUCUUUGGUUUUUAUCUCGGUAAUGAGAAAUAAUAGGUUCUCUACAAAUGGCUACGUAUUUUUCCAAAUUUCGAACUUAAUUCUUGAAGAGCUGCUAAGAUGUAGAAUUUUUUAUGCUUGCCUCGAGAGAACUAAAAACAUUCUCAUUAGUCCUGACUGCUAGCUCUCUCCUUUGUAUGGUUGCAUACAUAGUAGGAGCUAAAGCAAGGUCACCAAAGUAAGGGGUGAUCUGCCAAUAUGCCGAUUUUAAAUCGAUGGUGUAAAAGUAACAGAUAGUAAUGUCGUUAUGUACAAUUUUAAAGCAAAAGAACUUCAUUUAAAAAUUCAAAAUUACUGUUUUAUGAAAGUGUCCGUGGCGCUGAGCUAAUAACCUGCCCGAAAAAAUCUAUUUUCAGUUUUUAUUCAAAAGUUGAGAUGAACAUUUUUUUAAUUUAUGGAACAUUACUUUAUUUACUGUUUUUUCAUGAAAAAUUUAUAUUUGUUAGCCAGAUUCUUUUUAUAACUUUGUAUGGAAGGGUAUUUGACAAAGUCGAACCAGGUUGGAAUCGAGGGCGGAGCAGACUUUCUUCCGUUAUUCUAUUUUUUCAAAGCUUUUUAUUGAAAAUUGGAUAUUUACUAACCAACAUUCUAGUCAAAAUAUAUUAAAACAAUGCAGGUAAUUUACGUACCCACACUUCCAAAAAGAAACUUUUCGCCCUACAAAUUAUUUUACACACUAGUCAUUUCUAUGUGCCUGCCAUAUAUUUUGAUGGUAAUUUUUCUUAACUUUUUCUUAAUUAGUUUUCAAUUUUAAGAAGGAUCGUACCAAAAAUUCUGCACCAUAUUUAAUAUUUCUAUUAUAGACCCAUGUCCUGGUCAUGGUGUUUAUGCUUUUUCGUUAAAUAUGAAAAAUGAAGUUCCAUCAAAACCACUACAUUUGAAACAGCGAAAUUUAAAAACUAGACUUGAGAAUAACUUUUGAUGCAAAAUAUGCCUCGGAAGACGUUCUAAAUAACUCACUGCAGGUUUGCGAAAUGAAUUCAUUGCACCAAGCAUGGAGACGCAUCCACAAUUUAUAACUCCGUGACUGUGUUGUCGAGAUACGCCCACUCUGAGACGGUCAGUCUAUAAAAGAAAUUGAAUCGGUUUUCCACUAGACAAGCCAAGCCGAAGUGUUAUUAUUGUUUCAAAUAAAAUUAUUUAUUUAAUCUGUUGAAAAACUAGUAACGUUUUAGUAGUCGUUUUUUGUGGUUUCUCAGACCCACAUUUGCAGUAAAACGUCGCGUUGCGUUGGGGACUCACGAUGAUUUUAUGUACGGUUUGAGUUCUGGGAACGGUUUGUAAACGUGUAAAUAAUUUUUUUUUUUUAGAAUGUGAUGGAAAUGUGUACUGUGGUUGGUUAGUUGUUAGAUAGUAUCGGAGUAUAAUGUGAUUCUGUUAAAAGUAUUUUUCAAGCUAUUUUUCUAGGAGAUGCCCUAGGUUUUAUUAGGAGUAUAUAUAUUACAAUUUUUGACAUAUCUUCCUUCUGUAACAGGUUGUCUCUGGUUUUAAGGCCCGCAAUCCGGCGGGAACGGGCAAACGUUGAAAGUGUACGCGAUCGGAUUGACAUACAUCACAAAAUUCGACAAUAGUGUAUAUAAAUUAGGCCUAAAUGUUUUAGUUUUGUUUGAGUGGAAAAACUAGCAGAAUAAAUUUUUGGAAGCCGAAUUCCGAUUAUUUUUCCGUGCGAUGUUUGCCCGGUCUCGACGUCGAAACUUUCUCACUUCAUAAGUGUUUCCUAGAGAUAGAUUUUGCGUCGAUCCCGCAUCUCGCAAAAUGUAUCUGUUAAAUGUAUGUUUUCCCUUUAUUAACUACUUACGAAAAGUUAAUUAUUAAAAUGUAAUAAUUGUAUAGUAUCGAAUUAAAAAAAAAAUCUAUUUGUUCAAUGGAACCUGACACUUAAAUCUAUACGAAGACUGUCCAGUUUUUAAAAUGUCCAAUUGUUUCGAGAUUCGUUUCUAAGGCUCACGCGGGGUGUCCCGAACUAAGGGUAAACGAAUUUAACGGCGGAAGCACUAAUCAUCAUAAAACGAUUUGCUGCGGGAAACAAGACAUACAUUUUUUUCAAGAGGAAACUGAUGUUAAAACGUGGAGAUUGAGUUUUAUCGGUCAACUUUUCAUUAAGUUAUUGCUAUGAUUUGAAAUGCUUUAGUUCUACGAAUCUUUGAUAUGUUUCAAAGGCGAGUUUUUGAAAAAUUGCAAAAAUAAUUUAAAUAUGGUAGAUUCUUAGAAGUUAACGCGUCUCUUGCCACAGUGAAAAAUGGAAAAAUUGAGAACUGAUCCCAUCAAAAACAAGCAAUGGUCGCACUUGUAGACAAUGUAAUGUCAUUCAUUUUCCUUUAAAAAUAACGUAAGUUCAGAAAAUUUCAGUUCCAUUGGGUGCCAUUUUUUAAAUUU